AUGCUUGAAAAAAGAUGCCAAGUUGACACGAUUUACCUCGACUUUGCGAAAGCAUUUGACAAAGUAAGUCAUGACCUUUUACUUGUGAAACUCCAUAACUUUGGCAUCAAAGGUAAUCUUCUUCGUUGGUUCAAAAAUUAUCUUUCUGGGCGUUUUCAAACAAAGAGUCACUGUACAUGGUGUUACAUCUCAGCCGCUCCCACUACUAUCCGGCAUUCCCCAAGGAUCAAUUCUUGGACCAAUCCUCUUUCUUAUCUACAUAAACAAUCUUCCCGAUAGCGUCUCCCAAGUCACAGCCGUGUCAGUGUUUGCUGAUGAUACUAAAUGUCAUCGCGCUGUUCGUAACCACCAAGACAGAGAAAUCCUACAAUCAGAUCUUAACAAUAUUACGAACUGGUGUCAAGACUGGAGGAUGGAUUUAAAUAAAUCCAAGUGUGGAGUUCUUCAAUUUACUCGUUGUCUCCAACCUACUAUUAACCAGUACACAUUAGUUGACAUUCCAGUCAAACCUUUAACCUGUGUAAAAGAUCUUGGCGUAAGUAUCACCAAUGAUAUGAAGUGGAACCAGCAUGUGGAGGACUUAUCCUCAAAAGCUAACAAAAUGCUGGGUUUUCUCAAGAGAACAGCGUCCGGCAUUCACAAUAGAAGCGUUCGAAAGAUACUGUACAUGACCAUCGUUCAAAGCCAGCUAGCUUACAGUAGUCAAGUGUGGGCACCCCAAACUGUCAACAACAUCCUAACGAUCGAACGGUUGCAGCGACGUGCAUCAAAAUUUAUUCUUUCGCUCCCGUACAAAACAUCUAUCCCGUAUAAGAAACGAUUGGCUAUCAUCGAAAUCCUCCCUCUAUGUUACUGGCAUGAGUAUUUAGAUAUGGUGUAUCUUCACAGAUGCCUUAUAAAUAACUCUGACAAUAACAUAUCUAUAAAGAUCCCUACAUGAGAAACAAGGAAUACUAAAUACGAAUACUAGUUCAACUAACGGCAUCCUACUUCAUGUAACGUUUCUUUUCAAAACAGCUUUUACAUCAGAGCUGCUAAUGUAUGGAACACGCUUCCCGGCUUCAUAAGAAAUACCACCACAUCUCUAACUACAUUUAAAUGUAAUCUAAUGAAAUACUAUGUAGAAUUAAACCAACAAAUUUAUGACCCUGAAGAUCCAAGAACAUUUAAGUCUGUGUGUAUUAAAUGUCACACCACUCGCCCACUAAUGAACUUAUCAACACGAACAUGUUGCUAAAUUUAGUUUUUGUUUGUUUGUUCGUCAAUACGUUUGCUUUGUCUGCUUGUAUCUGUUUUUAAUUGUUAUGUUUCCUUUAACUUCAAAAUAAUUAGAUAUACCAUUGUUCUUUUUUGGAACACCGUUAUUGGAGAACUAUCUCUGUGUGGAAAUUCCAGUCAUUUGUAACCAUAGUACUCUAUAUAGAUCUAUUGCAAUGGCAAACUUGUAAAAUAAAAAUAAAAUAAAUAGAAUACAAUGUAUGCAAAUGUUCUUUGCUGAUCAUUUAAACAAAUAUUAUACAUUCCCUCAUUCCUUGUUCUCUAAUCUUGUCUAAUUCUCUAAUCUCUAAUGUAAGAAAAUGUUGAUAAUUUCUACAUUAAUAAGUCAUGUUAAUGCGUCAUGUUAUGUCGUUUUCAGUAUUUCCCGAUGCAAAAAAAUCAUCAGAAAUAAAUCCAAAACAGAAAUCUUCAGGUAUACAUUCUAUUCAUAUUAUUUUUGGUACAGUACGCAUUUUUUGGUACAGUACGCAUUUAUUGGUGUGGUACGCAUUUAUUGUCCUCAAUAUAAACAGGCAGACGUCAUUACUUAUAUGUAAUAUAAAACAUUUUCUUUUUAGGAAAUUUCAAUCCAAAACAUUUCAUCUCCUUCAAGGGGGUGUAUUAAAUAUUUUCUGAUGCGUUUUUUUUGGGGGGGGGGUGGGGUGCCAUAUUUUAUGGUAGUAUUUUGGAAUUCUCCCUCCCCCCUUGUUUUUCUUAUAUACAUUAUAUAGUCCAUCAAGCAAACAGCCCACAAUAAACCAGGUUAAGAACCAAUGCUCUGAUAAGAAUGAAUCCUUACUAGAUUCCAACAAAAUUCAGAGGUGAUAAACAAAUGUGUAUAACGUUGUAUAACGUGUACCACAAGGUCUGGCGGUUGGUAGUUACCUCCUGUACACAUCGUUUUAAGGUCAUGUAUUAUAUCUUACUUUUUCAUACAAUUUUUGAUAAAAUUAUCUAUCAACUCAAUAACGCAUUCCUUUCAUAAAAAUUAGAGUGUUUUCAUGGAUUGCAGUAAUCUCAUUUAAGGAAAUAAACGAAGAACAAAACCUGGAAAGAUGAAUGUUUCCUGAUCAGAAAUUAAAAAAUAUAACAACAAAUUUGUCAAAGAGCAUUGGUGAUUUUUGGAGCUUGCUCCACAGUUUGGUGUAAUGCACAAGGACCAGAUGUUCACACAGAUCUUGUCACAAGUUAAAAGAAACAAAGUGGAUGUUUGUGCCCACUUUAAUCAUGCCUUGUUGCUGUACUCAACAGGAAAGGUAUGGCCACAAUCAUUCAAUCCAUGCAACUUGAAAACUUUCCUAAUCAACGUUUAAAGCAUGGCCAAAACGUUAAAACAUUAAUUUGCAUCUGAUCUUUAUCUCGUAUAGAAACUAUUGCCUUCAGCUCGAGUUUGCAUAUCAGAUGAAGAUCACCAGAUGAGCUGCAAAUGUUUUAACUAGCACACAUUAUCCUAAAAGUAAAACGUAUUUGAGAGAAUUUUUAUUGAACCACAUGCUAAGCACGUAAUUAUUUUUCUAUUUCUUAUUACAUGCUAGACAAGGUGCCACUGAAAGAACAUUUGUUUCUUGGACUGCUCGACUUUUUCUGUAAUGUAGUUAGUACUACAAAAACAUUACUCUCACCAAUACGCAGCUUUUAAGAGUAGCUCAGACACCAACAAAUGACAUGACAGCAAUUUUACUUCCUAUAGUCACAAGUGCUAGUGAGAAUCCAUUUGAGGUAAGUUACAUGAUAGCCUAUAGCUCAUGCAAGGUUUUUGGAGGAAAAAAUGUUGACUCUGAAACAAUUAUGACUAAUUCAAUGCAAUAAAAAUAUCACAUUUUAUGAACGUCACUAUUUGAUAUGCCAUACGGCCAGUUUUUCUUAAUUUUGGCAUUGUCUAUAAUUCCUAAAUUAUAUGAAACGUCCAUUAUUCAUUCAAUAUACUGCAUGGUAAUCUUAAUAUUGACUGUUACGUUGUAUCUAUCUCGAACCCUUUAAAACCUAAAGCAAGGUUAAGCAGUAACAAGAGAGUAACAUGAAUGAAAUUUGAACAUAUUUAGGUACGCCAAUUAUUUGAACCGAACUUUUACGCCCAAGCUUGUAGAGUGGUGUUUGGAUUCAAGGUGGCUGAUGCUUUGAAAUACCUCGGCAAAAGUAAUGAAGGGAUGGAAAAUGCGUUAAGUCAAUUCGAACAUCUCAUCUAG